AUGACUACCUCGAAAGAAUGGGCAAAGAUGCUCCGCGGCGAGCUGUACAAGCCCUGGGAUGAAGACCUCCAGGCCAACCGAACACGCUGCAGAAAAGCAUGCGAUGAGUUCAACGCAGCUAGAGAUGCAACACGCCGACAGAAAGUUGAGUUAUGGAGAAAAAUAAUCGGAGACACUCGUCCACUCCCACCAGUGAACCCCAACCCCAAAGAAGACGAGGAAUUAUUCGAUGAGACAGACCCAUUCGUCGACGGUCCUCUCUCUGUUGACCACGGUCUCAACUUCAAAGUUGGAGCAGGGACAUUCCUUAACUUCAAUCUGUUAGUCCUGGAUACCUGUCUAAUCACCAUCGGUGAGCGAGUCCUGUUCGGACCCAACGUUUCUCUCCAUGGCGCUAUCCACCCACUUGAUCCUGCUGUUCGACAGGGUCUGAAGGGUCCGGAGGCUGGAAAGGAGAUCCAUAUCGAAGAUGAUGUGUGGAUUGGAGGUAAUGUGAUUAUUCUCGCCGGUGUGAGGGUUGGGAAAGGGAGCACAAUCGGUGCGGGAUCGGUGGUUACACGAGAUGUCCCUCCGUUUUACUUUGCAGCGGGGAACCCGGCGAGAGUUAUUAAGCGAAUUGAGAGUAAGAUGGACCCAGAGCAAUGUUAG